CCUUCAAUAACUUCUCCCACUCUCCAAUAUAUCCUGAAAUUGGUAAUCUUGUGAGUCUCACCCAUCUCAAUCUAUCAUUCUCAUCAUUUAGCAGUCAUAUUCCGUCCACAAUCUCACACUUGUCUAAAUUACUCUCACUUGAUCUCUCCUCGUAUGAUCAUGAACUGAGACUUGAUGAAUCCACAUGGAGCAGACUCAUUGGUAACACCACUAACUUGAAAGAGCUAGUUCUAGAUGAGAUUGCAUGGAAAAUUUCCAACUGGUAUACUUGGUUUAACUAAUCUUGAAGAACUAAGUUUGUUUGGCAAUGAAGAACUGAAGGUUGAACUUCCAAAGUCCAAUUGGAGCACUCCUCUAAGGAUCUUGGACCUCUCUUUGACAGUUUUCUCGGGAGAAAUACCUGAUUCCAUUUCCCAUUUGAAGUCUCUUAACCAACUAUGGCUAGACUCUUGCCAAUUUGAUGGAUUAAUUCCUGUGUCUUUGUGGAACCUCACUCAACUAACUCAUUUGGACCUUUCAGAAAAUAGACUUCAUGGUGAGAUUCCAUCUUUGCUUUCAAACCUCAAACAUCUCACCUACUUAUAUCUUAGUUAUAAUACAUUCAGUGGUCACAUCCCACACGUGUUCGACAACUUCACUAAAUUGGAUUAUUUGGAUCUUUCUUCUAACAGUCUAGGAGGCCAACUGCCAUCAUCAUUAUUUGAUCUAACUCAACUUUCUUACUUAGAUAUGUCUUCUAAUCAACUAAUCGGCCCAAUUCCAAGCAAAAAUGCCACAUUUUCAAAACUAGAAACACUAUAUUUGUCUAAUAACUUUAUAAAUGGGACAAUUCCAGACUGGUGCUAUUCUUUGUCUUCAUUGAUAAUGCUAGAUCUUAGCAUGAACCAGUUCACAGGGCCAAUUAGCAAAUUCUUCACUUAUUCAUUGGAAUAUUUAUAUCUCUCUGAUAACAAAUUUCAAGGUGAUUUUGCAAAUUCGAUCUUUGAAUUUCUAAAAAAUCUUACUCAUUUGGAUAUGUCAUCAAAUGACUUGAGUGGUCUUGUCGACUUUUUUCAUUUUUCAAAAUUGAAAAAUUUAUAUUUUCUUGAUUUUUCUAACAAUAAAUUUCUCUCUGUUGAUAUUAAUAGUAAAGUUGACUAUGUCUUGCCCAAACUUAACAGUUUAGAUUUCUCUUCUUGUAAUAUUACUGUCUUUCUUCCAUUAUUCCUAACUAAACUACAAAAUCUAAAAAAAUUAGAUCUUUCUAACAAUAAAUUUCUUUCUGUUUAUAUUAAUAGUAGCGUCGACUAUGUCUUACCCAAUCUUCAAAGUUUAUAUUUCUCUUCUUGUAAUAUUACUGUCUUUCCUCCAUUCCUAACAAAACUACAAAAUCUAAGAUGGUUAGAUCUUUCUAAGAAUAAAAUCCAUGGAAAGAUUCCCAAUUGGUUCAGUGACAAUCUCUUCCACACAUGGAAGAGCAUGUCCUAUAUUGAUCUCAGUUUUAACAAUCUGCAAGGAGAUCUUUCAACAUUUUUCAAUGCAAGCACCCUCAAUAUACUCAUCUUGUCUCACAACCACUUGUCUGGCACCAUUCCUUCAAUGUUUUGCAAUGUAACCUUCCUCUAUGUACUCAUCUUGUCUCACAACCACUUGUCUGGCGUGAUUCCACAAUGCUUGGGAGCAUUUCCUCAUCUCAUGAUUUUGGAUCUUCAAGUGAACAACCUUCAUGGAAACAUACCUACAAAUUUUUCUCAAGACAACAAUUUUCAAACAAUAAAGUUGAACAACAACCAACUGGAGGGUUCGUUACCAAGGUCUUUGUCUAACUGCACCAUGUUGGAAGUUUUGGAUCUUGCAGAGAAUAACAUAGAGGAUGUGUUUCCUAGUUGGCUAGAAGGUCUUCAGAAGUUACAAGUACUCAGUUUAAGAGCAAAUAAGUUUCAUGGUACCAUCACUAGUUUCGGUGCCAAACAUCCGUUCCCAAAGUUGAGAAUAUUUGAUGUUUCCAACAACAAAUUCAGCGGCCCUUUGCCAACCUCGUUCUUUGAGAAUUUUCAAGGAAUGAAGGAUCUGAGUAAUAGUACUCAUCAUCCUAUUGGUUUGUCAUACAUGGAUAGCGGCUUCGGUGUGUACAAUGAUUCUGUAGUGCUUAUUAUCAAAGGUCAGUCCAUGGAGCUAGUGAGAAUAUUAACCACUUUUACAACUAUAGACUUGUCAAAUAACAUGUUUGAAGGAGAAAUCCCACAUGUCAUUGGAGAAUUAAGUUCUCUCAAAGGGCUUAACCUUUCUCACAAUAAAAUCAGUGGUAUGAUUCCAAUAACACUGGGAAAUUUGACAAGUUUGGAAUGGUUAGACCUUUCAUGGAACCAACUGACAGGUGAGAUUCCUAUGGCUUUGACCAAUUUGAAUUUUCUGGCUGUCUUGAACCUUUCUGAAAACCAGUUGAAGGGAAUGAUACCAACAGGAGAACAGUUCAAUACAUUCCAAAAUUAUUCCUACAGAGGAAACCCAAUGCUAUGUGGAUUCCCCUUGUCAAAGUCAUGCGGCAAUGACAAAGAACAACCACCUUCGGUAUUUCCUCAUGCAAAAGAAUCAUUAUUUGGAUGGAAGGCAGUAGCAGUGGGAUAUGGAUGCGGAGUGGUAUUUGGGAUGUUCCUUGGAAGGUUGUUUAUCAAAACUGCGAAACCCUUAUGGCUUGCCAGACUUCUUUGUGGUUAUACUUAACAAACAAGCACAGGAGAGGCCAUGUAAACUGUAGAAGACUACUGUUGUUAGCUUCAUAUGUUUUGCUUUUUUCUUUUAAUAUUUUUCUGUAAUGAUGUUAGUUUUUCUGUUUGUGGAAUAAAAUAUGUAAGGUGAUUGCUACGGUACGAUGAUAAAUUAAUACGUACCGAUACGUUUAAGAUAUGGACAAAUAACAAUAAGCCAUGUGGAAUUUAUUUUCCACGUCAGCAUUUAAUUUUUUCUUUUUUAAAUAUAUAGUAUAUCACUACUUUUACUAAAACACCCUUUUAAUUAAAUAAAAAUAAAAAAUAUUUA